GGUGGCGGCGAUUACGACGUUGCCUCUCUGGGUCCUCGCCUCCUCUCGGCCGCGUAGCCAGUCUGUCCCCUCCCUCCCUCGAUGUACCCGCCUCUCCGCGCACCAGCCCGCCGCGUCUCCCCGCCCUCGCCCUCCUCAUCCCUGUCUCUCUGCAGCACCAGCGGCGGGGGCCUCCCGCAUCCUUCCAAGUCCCCUGUGACCCGCGGGGCUGCGCUUCCCCCGGUCCCCGAGACGCCUCCGCCCCGGGCGCGGUGAGAGAGCCAGGAUUUCGGGCCCGGGCCGAGAGCGGGGAGAGAGGUUUCUGCCUGACGCCGAGGCCGUCAGUCCGUGCGGUCAGAGAGGUCCGCUCCGGUCCGGUCCCUGCGGAGGGACGGAGCCGGGACUUCGGGGCCGAGGAGGGCCCUCCGUGAGGGAACCUUUAUCCUCGUGCCUCCACAGCCCCUAGCCCCACCACACACCACACCCCGGGGUCCCCGUCCGCACACGAGCUGCGGGACCGGGAUGGAGGUGCGGGGACCCUGGUCCUAGACGUGGCCCGUGGGGAAGAUGGCGACUCCAGGGAUGAGCUGGCAGCAGCAUUAUUACUCGGCAGCCGGGGGGGCGACGAAAUUCUCUUCCUCGGCCGGGGCUCAGCAGUCGGCGUUCAGCAUGGACUACAGCCAGGAUCUCCAUUUGAAGAUGAGCAAGAAGAUUGCUCAGCUCACCAAGGUAAUAUAUGCUUUGAACACUAAAAAUGAUGAGCAUGAAUCUUCUCUUCAAGCCCUUAGAGAUGCUCAUGAAGAGGAAAUUCAACAAAUACUUGGAGAAACAAGAGAAAAGAUUUUGCAAUAUAAAAGUAAACUUACAGAGGAGUCAGACCUUAAAAGAAAGAUCCAAGUUUUAGAAGAGUCACUAGAAGGUCAUAAAAAGAUGAAACAUCAGGCUUUGACUGAGUUUGAAGCUUACAAACACAGAAUGGAAGACAUGCACAUUUGUACAGAAGCACAGCAUGUUCAACGUGUGCUAACAAUGGCUAGAGAAGUUGAAGAGAUCAGAAAGAAGUUUGAGGAGAAGUUGGAGAGCUUUGCACAACUUCAGGUACAGUUUGAGAAAGAUAAAUUGCGGGCUCUGGAUAACUUGAAAGCUGAACAUAUACAUGAAAUCCAAGAACUUCUUCAGACCCAGGAGUGUCACAGUGCCUCAUUAAGUAAGGGGCAGGAAAAGGUGGAAGAACUGCACAGAAUUGAAGUGGAAGGUUUAAAUAAAAAACUUGAAGAACUAAAGAUUGAAAGGAAAAAACUAAUUGAGGAUUAUGAAGGCAAGCUAAGCAAAGCUCAGUCCUUUUAUGAGCAUGAACUUGAUACUUUGAAACGGUCCCAACACUUUACAGCUGAUAGCCUCCAUGCUAGCAAAGAAAAAGAAGCAGAUCUGAGAAAGGAAUUUCAGAGUCAAGAAGCAGUCUUACGUAAGACCAUAAUUAACCUUAGGACGGAUUUACAAAAGGCACUGGAUGAAACCGGAAGUCUUCAUGAAAAAUGCCAUAAGCUUCAAUUAGCACUUGGUACAUCAGAAAACAAUGUUAUGGUUCUUCAGAAACAGCUAGAUGAUGUCAAAGAAGAGGAAAUAACUUUACUAAGCAAACAUAAGGAGGUGGAAAGUGAGCUGGCAGCUGCUAGAGAACGGUUACAGCAGCAAGCUUCAGAUCUUGUCCUUAAAGCUAGUCAUAUUGGAAUGCUCCAAGCUACUCAAAUGUCACAGGAGGCUGCAAUAAGAGAACUGGAGUCUGAAAAAUUAUUGGCAAAGGAGAGAGUAUCCCAACUUGAAGAAGAAAAAAAUUUUUUGCAAAGCAGAACCCGAAGUCUAGAUGAACAACAGAAAAAGCAGAUUCUAGAACUGGAAAUGCAAAUAAGUGAAGCAAAGAAAACUCAAAAAGAAUAUUAUGAGAAAGAACUAAUAAACCUGCAGACUAGAUUGGAAGGGGAAACAGCACAGUUAAAUGAAGCACACUCAAAGACUUUGGAAGAAUUAGCUUGGAAGCACCAUAUUGCAAUUGAGACUGCCCAUAGUAAUGCAAAUAAGGAUAAGAAAAAGCUACAAAUGGAACUAGAAGAACAAUAUGAAAAAGAAAAGCUACAACUUGAAGAAGAUAAAAGUCAACUUAAACAGCAGAUGGAAAGACUAAGGGAAGAACUGACAACCAAACUCAAUAUAGCUAAUCAGGAGGUUUCUCGCCUUCAGGAUCUGGUAAAUAAAAGUGAACAAGGCCUUGGCUCUGCAGAAGGGGUUAUCUCUGAUCUCCAGGACUCCCGUGGACAACUUCAGAAUGAACUAGAUUUAACCAAAGUUAAACUAAGAGAGACCACAGACUCAUUAUUAAAUCUUGAGAGAGAACUACAACAAGAAAGACAACAGCAUAAGACAUUGCUUGCUACCAUGAGGGAAGAUGAGAAGUACAAAGUGGACAAAAUGGCCCAAGACUUAGAAAUAAAAUGGACUGAAAAUCUUAGACAAGAGUGUUCCAAGCUUCGAGAAGAGUUAAGACUUCAGCAUGAAGAGGAUAAAAAGUCAGCAAUGACUCAACUUUUACAGCUAAAAGAACGGGAAAAGAAUGCUGCCAGGGAUGGAUGGCAGAAGAAGGUAGAAGAUCUUUUAGACCAGAGGCACUGUCUGGGUGAAGCUUUGCAUAAAUCUAUCAACAAUAUUUCCUUGCUGAAACAGAACUUGGAGAUGCAGCUCUCACAGUCUCAGACUUCUUUGCAGCAACUACAAGCCCAAUUUACACAGGAGCGACAACGGCUUACACAAGAGCUUGAAGAAUUAGAAGAACAACACCAACAAAGACACAAAUCCUUAAAAGAAGCACAUGUCCUUGCAUUUCAAAAUAUGGAAGAAACAAAAGAACAGGAGCAGAAGGCACUUGAAAAUCAGUUACAACAGAAACAUUCAGCUGAGCUUCAGUCAUUAAAAGAUGCACAUAGAAUGUCCAUGGAGGGUUUCAGGAUAGAAAUGGAACAGGAACUCCAGACUCUUCGAUUUGAAUUGGAAGAUGAAGGAAAGGCUAUGCUAGCUUCCUUACGCUCAGAACUAAAUCAUCAACAUGCUGCAGCAGUGGAUUUGUUAAGGCAUAAUCAUCAGCAAGAACUGAUAGCUGCUAAAAUGGAACUGGAAAGAAACAUAGAAGUCAGUAGAAGACAGGAUGAGGAAUAUAUGUGUCGUAUAUCAGAUCUACAAGAGGAACUAAGGCAUAGAGAACACCAUAUAUCUGAAUUAGAUAAGGAGAUACAACAUCUUCAUGAUAGUAUAAGUGCUUUAACCAAAGAGUUAGAGUUUAAGGGAAAAGAAAUUCUCAGAAUACGCAGUGAAUCAAACCAGCAAAUAAGGUUGCAUGAGCAAGAUUUUAACAAGAAACUUGAAAAAGAGCUGGAUGUCAUGACAGCAGACCACCUCAGAGAGAAAAAUAUCAUGCGGGCAGAUUUUAAUAAGACUAACGAGCUACUCAAGGAAAUAAAUUCAGCUUUGCAAAUGUCUUUGACCUACCCAGAAAACAAUAAAAAAAUCAAGAAACCACUCCUUCAUCUAAAGAAAAAAAGAAAAUUACACUUAACAGAAGAAUAAUCUAUUUAUAUGUCUUUUCUCUUUAAACUGUAAACUUAAGGGUUAAGAUUUUCUUUGGUAUGUUUUGUAUUGUUUUAAUGGAUUUUUAAAAAUAUUGUGGGUAUUAGAUGUUAAAUGAAAUCACAACUUUUUAUGUAAAUAUUUUAUAAUAAGUGCAAAUAAUUGGACAGUGGAUAAAGCCAAAUAACUAUUUGUGGUUUUAUUUUUUUAUUAUUUGCUUACCUAGGUUAGCUGAAUAGUUUUUUAAUACCUACGUUGGUCCUUUAUCAACCAAUUACUGGGGUAGAGGGUUGGGUUUUUGCUCUUAUUAACCUAUAAGUUGAUUCAAAAAGCUAAAGCAUUAUGUUUCUUUCUCAGAAGCUUCUUUUGAACAGGUGAAUAUUUCUGGUCAAUAUUCUGAAACAUUUGGUUUCUUGGAGACUUUCUUGGACUGAGAUUGAUGAUCCAAGGGAAUUUCUUUAAUAUCCACUUAAUAGAGGAUACCUACUAGUUUUAGUAAUGGUGGCACUUAGAGGGAAUAAAUCAGCUACACAACCUUUAAAUUUUUAAUUUAUCUAAUUAGUAAAGCUCUAUUUCUUAUCCUCCCAUGCCCCCAUUAAAAAAUAAAAACAAAACCUACAUAAAAAAAUAUGCAUGAUUAAGCAAAACAAACUGCUGGAUUGGCCAUAUCCAAAACAUAUAUGUCUUAGUUUGUACCCUAAGUCCUGUUGGAAGUAAUGAGUACUUACAGAUAAUCAUACUGCAUCAGAGUAUGGAUGAAGGCCUUUUAUUACAUUCUUGGAAGAACGGGCACCCUCACUUAUGCUCAGAGGAGUGCACCAGAGCAAAGCCACAGACAAGCAACUCCUUAGUAUGUUCUCCCUCCCCCCAUUACAUAUUCCUUUAUACAUCUCAUGUUUGAAAAUGGCAGUAGUCUCUGCCUUUGUGGCUUGUUAGCUAACAUUCAUGAGCUUAUUAAUACUGAGUAAGCAUACACAGUAGCCCUAAAAGUUCAGAUUUGCCCACUUUGCUGGCUUGGACCAGUUCCAACUGGUUCUAGCUAGCUAUCGACCCGUCCCCUCUCUCAUUCCUUUUUUUCUUAUCUUUGAGAAGAGCUAGAUAUCAGCAUUUUCUCUCAAUCAGUCACCUCUCUGUCGGGAAGUAGGUGUAGCAUGCUUCAUCAUUGGUUCUCCAGAAUCGAGUUUUAUGACCAUCUUAAGGAAUCCAUCCAAUGCAGGAGCUAAAGGAUCUAAACCAACAUACCUCCUGGAACCUCUGAUAAAAUCAGAAUGCACUUUAGUAUCACUGGAACUAAUUCACAGAGGAGACUCUGGAGCAACUUCCAGUUUUUGAUAUUUGCACUCAGGCUUUUUUCAGGCUCUAGUGAGUCCCAGAAGUUUCAUAGUUAACUCCAAGUUUAGGCUGGAAGUAUCAAGGCUAGCCAACAUUUAAAAAGCAACGUAAAAAAAAAUAACAAUUUUCCAUUUCCUAAAGAGAGAUUAUUAGCUAUACUAGACGCAGUUCUCUCCCAUUCUCCAGGUAACUGUAAUUCUCUACAUUGUAGAGCAGAACAGUUAUAGAUCUGCAGUAGUAUAAGAGAGUUUCCUUAUCAGAAGUUCCCUAUACCAAUAAAAUCAUAGUUUGAAACUAAUAAAUAGAAAUUAAUCAGUGCAGUGUUUUAAGCCUUUCUCCAAAUAUUCAAGAUGGUCUUACAGGCUGGCCACUAGAAAAUAAUUUUUUUUAGCCAUAGGAAACACAAGAAUAUGUUUACUUAAAAACAACAAAUAUAAAGGAAAGGCCCUUAAGCAUGUAUUUCUAAAGUGAUGGAAAUCAAGGGGCCAAAAAGAAACAGAAUACCAAGAAUCAUGUAUUCUUUAGGUAGUCUACAAGUAGCUUAACUUGUGCUGGUACUUUUAACGUUCAGUCAUUGGUGACCACUAAAUUGACAAUAGGAAAGGAACUAGAUAGCAUACAUUAAAAAUAGAACACAUAAAGAAUAAAAGGAUAGCUGAUGUUCUCCUUGGAAUGGCAAAUAAAAAAGCUGAUUUUAUCAUUCACCCAAAACCAACAAGAAGUAUAAUUUCUUAGGACACUGGAUUAUCUUGCUGUAGAGUGCUCACAAGUCUAAGCAAACAUGCCACCAUGAAAAAGAUAUCUUCAUCUAUUGCAGAGGAGAAAGAAGUAGAAAAGUAUAGAGAUUAUCUGGAUGCAUAUAUUAUUUGCUUAUUUUUUAAGUUGAUAGAACAAAAUAUAACAUGAAAAUAUGGGGAAGGAACAGGUAUACUUUCUCACAGAUGUUUUUCUCCAAUAGACCACAUCUUUAUUGUUAUACAGCUGACUGUGGAGUAUAUAGAAUGCCUAGGAUAUAUCUAUUACUUUUUUUUAAGAUAUUAUUUCAUAGAACAAAGGUCAUCUUUUAGGUAGGUAGCUCUCAAAUAAUGUGUCUCUCAUGUCUAUGUUAAAAUAGUAGAUGAUUUUAUGAGAGGUGCAACAAUAGAUAUGUCUUUAUUCAGAGCCCUACUAAAUAGUAACAACAAAUAAAGAUUAUCUUCCAAUCUGAAAUAUCAUAAUACACACAAGAUUCCCUGUUAACUGCAAGAUUUUUCAGUUCUACUCAUAAAUGUAAUUAUUUUAAUUGUGUCAAACCCAAGAAAAACUAUAAAGCCUCUUUGGUGAUCCAUAUUUAUCUCUUAGGUAGAUCAGUUUUGAACAUACUAUAAUGAAUAGAGAGAGCUAGCCUCAGAGAAAGACUUAGGUUCAAGUCCCACUUCUAACACAAUUGUUCUAUAACACUGGGCAAGUGAGGUAAUUUCUUAGUAUCCCCAGUAAACACUCUCAAACUAUAAGUUGCAGAAGAGUUAACCAUCUACAUUGUUAGAGGAAGUUUCCUGACCAGGAAGUCCUUCCGCCAGUAAAAUUACAGGUCUAGAUUCCCUCUUCUUCCCCAAAAGAUAAAGGUUAAACUUUCACAAUGGGGGAAAGUUGGUAAAAAAAAAAUAUUUCCCAGAUGAUAAAAUAUAGCUCAUAUAUAUAGCCCAUUGAGUUAGUGUGUAUGUCUAUAUAGUAUACAUAUAUUGUGCGCGCGCGUGUGUGUGUGUGUGUGUGUGUGAUUCUAUCUAUAGUUAGAUAGAGUUCAUACUGGUAGUAAAUAUCAAGGAUAGCCAAACUGCCCAAAGCAAUGUAAAAAGAAAGAUGACAAAAUUUAAACAUUUCCUAUAAUUGCUAGCCAUAUUAAAUGCUUGAUGUUCUAUAUAAUUACAAUUCUAUUUAUUUAAUUUUGAUAUAUGGAAUAAGAUACUGGUCUAAGCCUAAUUUCUGCCAAAUGCAGUCAUUCAUAUUUCCAUUGACCUUUGGGGGAGCAGAAAUGUUUAUCUCUUCUGAAAUUAUUGGCAUUCCAUAGUUCACAGUCAUAUUGGAUCACCAGAAGAAUGCUAAAUAUUAAAGGAUGGGCUUCUGUAGCAGUAAGCGACUUAGAAUCAUGGAAAGUUCCCUUCAGUUUCUCCAACAUGAUGCAACUUGAUCUCUUUACUUCUUUAUUCUGAGAGAUUUUUUUGAGGGAAGUGACAUCAAUGGUGUUUUUUUUUAAUCCUUGAAAUACCUUUUUUUAAAGGAUAAAAGAUAAUCAUUAACAGGUGGUAGCAUAUAACUAGUGAUAACACAUACAAAAAGUAGCAUAAAUCAAUGGCAUGAAAUAAAUAGGUCAUGUAACAGCAAUUAGAGACAAAGCCAGCUACAUUGAUAGCAUUAAGAUAUUUUUUUAAAAAGGCUUCCACUACAGUUCCUUUGAGGAUUUAUGGAAGCAUAUGGAUGAGGAUUACAUAGGAGAAGAAAACAUAGCAAGGUUCUGAUCUGCUUCAGUAAAGGGAAUACACACAUCAAUAAUAAUUCAGAUAAGUCAGUCCCAAUAAUGUUAGAAUUACUAUUCAGGUAGAUUUCAAUAACCCCAUGAGGGAGACAAGUAAUAAUCCUACUCCUGUAACUAUAAGAACACAUUGCGGGGGCGGCUAGGUGGCGCAGUGGAUAAAGCACCGGCCCUGGAUUCAGGAGUACCUGAGUUCGGGUCCGGCCUCAGACACUUGACACUUACUAGCUGUGUGACCCUGGGCAAGUCACUUAACCCCCAUUGCCCCGCAAAAAACAAAACAAAAACAAAACAAACAAAAAAAAGAACACAUUGCAUUGGACCUAUUGCUUCAGACCAGAAUAUAAAAUUCUACUUCAUGAGGACAAUGUGUGAAAAAAAAAAGGUUUUCAUUUAUAAAGUUGAAUUUGUAACUGGGUGAAAUAGUAUAUGCAAAGGGUAUUGAUUUGUGCAAUAAUAACCCAUCAAUGUGUGACUCUGUGUUUUAUUCUUGGCUUCAUUUUGUUCCAAGUUUUUGUCAGUGACUUGAUCAAAGAUACAGUAUGCUUACAAAAUUUGCAGCCCGUUGUUUGGUUUUUAAAAAGAUAACAUUGUUGGUUUGUCAGUUCAGAAACUUUCUAAUAGGAUUUUCCAAGUUAUUUCUAAAAUUCAAAUAUUUGUAUUAUUCUUCUUAAAGUGUUAUCCACCAGAAUUUAAUUUUUGGAGUGCCUGCCUAGGAUUAAAAAGAGAUUCAUGUUUCGUUAAUGAGAUUUCAACAGUGGAUCUAAUGAGUAGGAUCAGAAAACCACCUCUCCUUUCAAAUUCUUUUUAUGUUUAAUUUUCAUAAAGAUCUUUGUUUCAGGGGCACCUCUACAUGUACCUACCAUAGGGAAUACUUUGUUAUCUUAAUGUAUUCAUAAGGAAAGCUAUAAAAUCAGGUCAGAAUAAUUCCAAGUGGGCAUUGGUUAAAUGUAUGAAAGCUAAAACUUCUGUUUUCCUAAUAGAAUGAUGCUGGAGGCCUAAUAAUGCUGGAGGAAUGUUUGCAAGUCUAUAGUAUUGUGCCUGUGCUAUCUUCUUUUAAUGUUUUCACCUUUAUGUUUAAAAUUUAUUAUAUGUUCCACAAUUUAAUCAAAUCACUUUCCUUUAAGAAUUCAAUUACCUUAUUGCUAAUAAACUUAUUAGUGAUACUUCUAAGUUGAUUUUGUAUAAUGGAUUGAAUUGAUUGUAAUGGUUUUUCACUAUCCUUGGAUAUAAAUAAGACUCAGAACUAAUAUCCUUUCAUCACUGUCUCCUAAGUAUUUUGGUCAUACUUCAUGAAGUUGGCUUUUUCGUGCGUUUUGCUCUUGUGAUAAAGAAUGUUACAGUGACAUCUUCUGGCUCCAAUAAGAAUUUACUGCAGAUAAUUUUGGCUAGAAAGAAUCAGUAAAAGAAUCUUACAAUGCGGAUCUUGUUUAGGUAGCCCAGUAGGCCGGGAGUGCUUUUGCUAUUCCUACCCCAUUCGGUUGUUAAGAAGGCCUCCAGGGGCAGCUAGGUGGCGCAGUGAAUAGAGAACCGGCCCUGGAGUCAGGAGUACCUGAGUUCAAAUCCGGCCUCGGACACUUGACACUUGCUAGCUGUGUGACCCUGGGCAAGUCACUUAACCCCAAAUUGCCUCACUAAAAAUAAAAAAAAUAAUAAAAAUUAAAAAAAGAAGGCCUCCAGACAAUUUAAUCUAGAUAGCACCAAAAUAGGCUUGGCCUUAACUUAGGAAAAAGGGAGAACAAUCACCUUGUGAUUAGUUGUCCUGAUCUGCCCUACCAGAGUAGUAAUUUUGGCUAGGAAUAAGCUAGUCACCUUCUUUAAAACUCUUUUAAGAAUGCCUAUAAUGAAAUUCUGGUUAAGUUAUAAUUUUAUUAAUUUCAGUGGCUUUAUAAUUAUCUCUAUCAAUCCAGUAUUUUACAAGAUAAUUUCCAAUUAAAAACUGAACUAGGGACAGCUAGGUGGUGCAGUGGAUAGAGCACCGGCCCUGGAGUCAGGAGUACCUGAGUUCAAAUCCAGCCUCAGACACUUAACACUUACUAGCUGUGUGACCCUGGGCAAGUCACUUAACCCCAAUUGCCUCACUUAAAAAAAAAAAACUGAACCAAAAAGAGAGGAACAUUCAGAAUGAACAUUAUAUUUUUUCUAAUCCAAAGUAGUUGUAACUUGAAUUUUUCUCUUAAUAAUUAGGUAUAUAUAUUUGAGAGAUUUCUUCCCCAUCUCCAAGGAACUUUUUGAACUCUGUAGUACUAAAAGCAAACAGUUCCAAACUUAAUGUUCAUUAAAACAAGAAGUGUUAUUUCUAAACUUCUUUUCUACAAUAUCCCAUAAAUUCUAUAGUGAACAUACUCAGGAUUUGUCAGUUUCCAUGUGUAUGUGGCACACCAUGUGUGCAUGUACUUUCCUAACUCUGCUUCCAUAUUCUCAUUGGAUCUGUUAACACUUCUGCAUUGCCUCUGAUCACAAAAUAACUUCUUCAUUAUCUCUCAUAAUUUUAUUAGUGUUGCUAAUGCCAUCCAUGUCAGAAUUGGAAUGAAUUUUAUUCUGCCUGAUCCCUGAAAAAACUCUUUUAUGUUUCACAUAGCAUGGGUGACAUAUAAUCAUUAAUACUCUGUCAGCAAUAUACUAUUUAUUCAUACAGUUUGAGAAAUCUUAGUGUCAUUUGUGUAUGUCUUUAUUUCCCCUUCUAUAUCUGUUCCCUUUUCUCCAUACAGGCUCUAUCAAGUCUUUUUUCAGGGGAGGGGUGGAGGAUAGAGUCAAUCAUGUCAGGAGUUCCCAGUGAGGAAACUCCAUCCACCAAUGUAGUUAGGCAGCUUAUAUAGUCUUAGAAAGUUGCUUGGGGGGCCUAAGAUGUUGAUUCCCUCACAGUGACCCAGCUAAUAUGUAUGUGUCUGGAAGCAGGGGGGUGGGGGGGGGCCAGCUAGGUGGUGCAGUGGAUAAAGCACCAGCCCUGGAUUUAGGAGGACCUGAGUUCAAAUCCAGCUUCAGAUAUUUGACACUUACUAGCUGUGUGACCCUGGGCAAGUCACUUUAACCCUCAUUGCCCUGCAAAAAAAAAAGAAGACGACGACAGAAACAGGACCUGAAAUUCCUGACUCCAGAAGCCAACUUCCUAUAUUCAUUUUGCCAUGCUGCCUUUCACCAAAUUUUAUAUAAUG